AUGAAAGAAAGGGCGAGCACUCUUGUGUUUCAACCCCACUAUCACUAUACUUUGAAUUGUUGUGGGGCACUGUGUACUUACAGCCUCUACGAUAAGCAAGUGAAUGGGGCCGCUUUGUUAGUAGUGGCCGUGGCCGCUUUCCCAUCGCUAGAGCCUUUUCCCAGUGCGCGGAGACCCAACGAGGAGGGGCGGGAAGAAGAUAAGAAAACGCGAAGCGUUCUAUUGGUUUCCCAACUUGUUGCUUCUAAAGGCUGCCCUCUCUCGGCUGGAUGUUGGUCCAGCCUACUACGAGGAUCCCGUUCGCGCAUCCUCUUGCUGGGAGAGGGGCUAAUGCCACUCGACUGGUUGGAGAGGGGUGAAGUGAGAGUCAGGGGAAUGGGCUUUUUCAGCUGGUGCGCUAACGCGCACUUCCGUUUUCCCUUUACUAGUAGGGGGUCCCGUGGUUCCUAUGCCGCCGCGUUUCCCGGUCCUUUUCUUUUAGUGCUUCGACCCGAAGCGAUAGCUUCUAGCUAG